AUGGCCAGUCCAGUGGAGGAGGUGAUCGAGCCAGUGGUUCAGAACACAACAGCACAAAACCUGGGCAGAAGACGUUUUUCUCAUGAUCACCGUAAUCUGAGUCCAGAUGAGAUAGAUAACCUCAUGUCCAGCAGCGAUGGCCGUCCGUUCCUUGUGGUGCAUCAUCUUCCGGAGAUAAAGGACGAGGGUAUACCAUACCUAAUGCCUGGUAUCCCCAUCACAUGUAGAGUGGACAACACAGAGAAAUACACUACUCGCUCAAAGGUUCGUGUGGGUACCUUGUACACAGUGUGGCUAACACACGGCCAGUUCCACUGGACGGUGAAGAGGAAGUACAAGCACUUCCAGGAGCUGCAUCGAGACCUUUACAAGCAUAAGAUGAUGCUUCAUUUGCUGCCUCUGGCAAGAUUUACAAAGGACAGGCAGCAGCUGAGAGCCAUGUCAGAGGAAAUGCCCAGCCUACAUGGGAAUGAACGGACCAGAAGGACCUCCAGCAAAAUGAAAUAUCUUGAGGAGUACCUGAAUGGUCUGCUGGAGAACGCCUUCUGUAGAAAUGAUCACAGCAUGCUAGAGUUCCUCUCAGUAGGCGCUCUCUCCUUUAUCACUGAUCUUGGACCCAAAGGCUUGGAGGGGCCCAUCUUCAAGAGGUCAGGGGGUCACCGGAUCCAAGGCUUGAAUUGCAUUGGACAUCAUCAGUUCUGUUUCCGCUGGUCACGCCGCUGGCUGGUGGUCAAAGACUCUUUCCUGAUGUAUAUGAACCGAGACCAUGGCAACAUCAACUUUGUCUUGCUGUUUGACCCAGAGUUCAAAGUGAAAGUGGGGCGUGCCUAUACAGACACCAAAUACGGAGUCUGCUUUGAGAACUUCACUCGGAGUCUGGUCAUCAAAUGCAGCAGCUAUAGACAAGCACAUUGGUGGAGUCAUGAAAUCAACAGGCUGGCUGAAACCUCUGACUUUGUCAAAGUGCAACGCUUCGAGGGGUUUGCUAAGCCACGGGAGAACACGUUAACUAAAUGGUACGUGAAUGGAAGUGGCUACUUUGCAGACCUGGCUGAUGCUCUUGAACAAGCCAAGGAGGAAAUCUUCAUCACAGACUGGUGGCUCAGCCCUGAAGUUUUCAUGAAGAGACCAGCAACUGAGAAUCACUGGCGCCUGGAUGAGAUACUCAAACGCAAAGCAGAACAAGGAGUGAAAGUGUGUGUUCUGCUGUACAAAGAAGUGGAGCUCGCACUCGGCAUCAAUAGCGAGCACAGCAAGAAGACUCUUAUGAACAUGCACCCAAACAUCAAGGUAAUGAGACAUCCUGACCAUGUGUCUUCUGUGGUGUUCCUGUGGGCUCACCAUGAAAAGAUGGUGGCCAUUGACCAAACAGUGGCCUUUGUGGGGGGGAUUGACCUCGCCUUUGGGAGGUGGGAUGACAGCCAAUACCGGCUAACUGACCUUGGUUUGACAAAGGCAGCCAACAGUGAAACACAGGAAGAGCCAGAUGGAGAUACAGGAGAGAAUGGUGUGGCUGAUGGUCCAAAGCCAUCUGAGCCAGAUAAGGAAACAGAGCAAAACCCAGAAAAUCUGACUGGCAACACCAAACUGUGGCUUGGCAAAGACUACAGCAACUUUAUCAGGAAAGACUGGGUCCAACUUGACAGACCAUUUGAAGAUAACAUCGACCGUACUCAAGUUCCUCGCAUGCCGUGGCGCGAUCUGUCUGCAGCUAUUCAUGGCAUAGCUGCCAGAGAUGUAGCCCGCCACUUCAUCCAGCGCUGGAACUUUACCAAGAUCUUCAAAAACAAGUACAAAGACAAUUUCUACCCUUACCUUCUCCCCAAGUCCCACUGCACCUCUGACUCACUCUCAUUCACUGUGCCAGGGUGCACUAAAGCCAAAGUGCAGGUGUUACGCUCUGCCGAUCGUUGGUCAACUGGAACCUGUGAGAACUCGAUCCUCAAUGCCUACGUCCACACCAUCGAGAACAGCGAGCACUACAUCUACAUUGAGAACCAGUUCUUCAUCAGCUGUGCCGAUGGGAAGACUGUCCAUAAUGGGAUUGGUGAUGCUAUUGUGAACAGAAUCCUGCGUGCACACAGGGAGCAGAAGAAGUACAGAGUGUUUGUGGUGAUUCCUCUGCUUCCCGGAUUUGAGGGAGACAUCAGUGCAGGAGGUGGAAAUGCCAUCCAAGCUAUUCUGCACUUCACUUACAGGACUAUAUGCAGAGGGGAGAAUUCCAUCCUAACAAGACUUGCUGAAGUUGAAGAGAAGUGGACGGAGUACAUCACAAUUUGCGGCCUGAGAACACAUUCCCAGCUCGCCGAGUCAAUCGUCACAGAGCUCAUAUAUGUUCACAGCAAGACCCUCAUUGCCGAUGACCGCUGCUACAUCAUUGGAUCAGCCAACAUCAAUGACCGUAGCAUGCUGGGAAACAGGGACAGUGAGUUGGCAGUGUUUGUGGAAGAUGAAGAGAGGGUCCCAUCCAUCAUGGGAGGAGAGGAGUACCAGGCUGGACCCCUCACACUCGCUCUGCGCAAAGAGUGUUUCAGUGUUCUUGUUGGAGCUGCUUCAGACUCCAGUAUCAACAUUGAUGAUCCAAUCAGCGAUGAGUUUUUCUUCUUGGCCUGGAAUUCAGCUGCCAAACUGAAUGCCACCAUUUAUGACAAGGUCUUCCGAUGCCUGCCCUGCGACGAAGUUCACAACAUGCGUGAGCUGAAGGAAUAUUCCAGCAAAGAGUGCCUCUAUGAUUCAGACCCAGAGCAGGCCAAAGAAGAGCUGAAGGCUGUCAGAGGGCUACUGGUUCACUUCCCCAUGAAGUUCUUGUGUGAGGAGAACCUGCUGCCUCCACUGGGUACUAAAGAGGGCAUGGCUCCAGUGGGGCUGUGGACAUAACCGCAACUCAUCCCAGAUUAGACCACUAUGUAACAGCUAAAGAGCUGCCGUACCACAAGCUCCCCCAUGUAGUUUCAUCCUAAGCUAAUGUUCAGCACAGAAGACUAAAAUAACCACAGCUUUGGCAGUUCAGUUGCAAGGACCACCUUAACACAAUUGAUUUGUCAACCAUUUAUGUUUUUAUAUUGCCUAUUUGGCUGACAAUGGGCAAGCUGGAAUAGAACCACUAAAAAGUAAAUCUUACGAUAAGUGAUCAUUUGUAAGAACAGUAGAUUAACCUUUUGUGUGCCAGUUUGUUCACAAUAUCAAUAGCUGCUUUGUAACUUGUACAAUGCCAUUUGAACUACAAGGCUGACGGUGGUACAAAACACACAUAAUUGAAUGUAUGGGUAAGGAGAGGUUUGCAAGGUUGUAUUGGAAAUCAAGCAUCUCACAUGAUCUGGGAACAUAGUGUACAUUUAUUGGUGCAAGGCUUUUGGGUGGGUGGGUGGGUGGCUCUGUUUCUCUCUUUCUCUCGCUCUACCUCUCACACUCUCCUUCUCUCCCUCUGAGGCUUCACCUCUCACUGCAGUGCCAGCAAAUCUGUCAGAACAUUUGUGGUUGUUAUGGUGACGGAUAUAAAGAGAUGACUGGAUUGUAGCUGAAAUAAAGACUGGAUAGGGUAGAAAGGGGAGAGUACUGAUAAGAGGGAUAACUUACUAAAUUCGGAUGUUGGACCGGAAAAUAGAAGGUAAUGCGUUGAAAGGAGAUUGGUGAUUUCCGCUGAAGCAAAGACAUUUUAAUAUUUCUACAUAAACAAUCAGGUGCGAAAACUGAGAGGAAAGGAGGACAAGAUAAUUAAAGGAAUGCGAGGUUGAUUUACUGUUAAUUGUUGCUUUUUUAAAAAGUCACCAUGACAACCAAGUGAAUUAUUAUUUCACUAUGUUAUCAGUAGUCCAGAACAGAACAUUCCUUGUUCAUGAAAACGGCGUGAUGCAGAGACACAGUUUGUUUGACCAAUGCAGUUUUCAGCUAUUCCCAUGCAGGCUCUACUGUCCUGUGUCCUGGUGCCAUAGAUGUCUUGC